GCUUGUUUUGCAUUCACUAUAUCUGGUCUCCCCGGACCCUGCAUUCACUAUAUCUGGUCUCCCAGGACCCUGCAUUCACUAUAUCUGGUCUCCCCGGACCCUGCAUUCACUAUAUCCGGUCUCCCCGGACCCUGCAUCCACUAUAUCCGGUCUCCCAGGACCCUGUAUUCACUAUAUCUGGUCUCCCAGGACCCUGCAUUCACUAUAUCUGGUCUCCCCGGACCCUGCAUUCACUAUAUCUGGUCUCCCCGGACCCUGCAUUCACUAUAUCUGGGCUCCCCGGACCCUGCAUUCACUAUAUCUGGACUCCCCGGACCCUGCUUUCACUAUAUCCGGUUUCCCCGGAUCCUGCAUUCACUAUAUCUGGUCUCCUUAGACUCUGCAUUUACUAUAUCUGGUCUCCUAGGACCCUGCAUCCACUAUAUCUGGUCUCCCCGGACCCUGCAUUCUCUAUAUCUGGUCUCCCAGGACCCUGCAUUCACUAUAUCUGGUAUCCCCGGACCCUGCAUUCACUAUAUCUGGUUUCCCACAGUACACACAAAUUGGAAAUGCAAUUAUUUUAGUAAAUGUAAACUGCUAAAUACCUUUUCUCAUCAGCAGUUAGAGCAGACUUGU